AUGUCCACCGCGGCGGCGCAGGGCGGCAGCGACAAGCCGGCGCUCCGGAGGCCCGUCUUCACCAAGGUCGACCAGCUCAGGCCGGGCACCAACGGACACACCCUCACCGUCAAGGUCGUCAGCGCUACCCCCGUGCCCGGCCGCGCGCGCCCAGGCGCACCCGCCGCCGCCCCGUCCCGCGCGCCGCGCAUCGCCGAGUGCCUCGUCGGGGACGAGACCGGCGCCAUCGUAUUCACCGCCCGCAACGACCAAGUUGACUUGCUGAAGCCCAAUGCCACAGUGAUCUUGCGCAAUGCCAAAAUUGACAUGUUCAAAGGAUCGAUGAGGCUUGCAGUGGACAAAUGGGGGCGGAUUGAGGCUACGGAGCCAGCUAGCUUCACAGUGAAGGAAGAUAACAACUUGUCGCUAGUAGAGUAUGAAUUGGUUAAUGUGGCUGACUAA